CCUGGACUCCACAACAUUACCUCCCAGCCUUCCCUUUUCAUUUCAAAGCAGAGAAAGCCGAGAUACGAUUGAUCUGUUCUCUCAGACGUUAGUCAUCUGUGUGGCUAUCUUUCCUUAUCUUCAACCACCCUCUCUAUUAUAUAUCAAAUGAAACUACAGAAAACAAAUAAUUAAAAAUUACUAUAUAUAAUGCAUGCAUUAUCUCUGAACUUUUUUCCUUCUAUUACUCUUUCAAGAUCUGUGUUAAAGCUAAGAACCAUGUCAGAAGAGCAGAAUGGCAAGCCCGAAGAGCGGGCAUGGCCAGAACUGAAGUUACCGGACUUGUUAUUCACAGACACGGUGAGAGGACUCCAUGAAGCUAUUGAAACUGAGUGGGAUUCACUUCGAAGGUCAGCGUGCCAGACAGCAGCAGGGAGGGCUCUGUGGAAGCAUGUGAUCCAUGAUCCACAUGCAGAGUUACUCGCAGGAGAACCAUUCCUGAGAAGCCUUUACGAAAAGAUAAAGAAAGAUCGCCACAGCAAUGCUAGGGAAGUCUCUGGAGUCAUGCUUGCUGUUCGAACCCUGUGGUUUGAUGAGAAAAUUGAAGCUGCUCUCAGUUCUUUUAAUGGCAGAGCAGCACAGGUUGUUCUUCUUGGCGCAGGAAUGGAUGCAAGGGCGUAUCGAUUGAGUUGCUUGAAAGAAAGCAAUGUUUUUGAGGUUGACCUUCCUGAAGUGUUGCAAACAAAAACAACUAUUCUUCAGGCAGCAACAGAAUCAACAAAUGAUCAUCAACAUGUGAUGAUGACAGCAAAGUCUCUGAACAGAGUGGCAGCUGAUAUCAGAGACAAAGACUGGCUUCAAAAGCUUCAGAUAUCUGGAUUUGACCCAGAGAAGAAUACAGUCUGGGUUCUCGAAGGCAUUCUUUACUACCUCUCCCACUCACAUGCCAUGGAAGUAUUGAAGAUCAUAGCUAAUAAUUGCACUCUUACGCAGACAGUCCUCUUAGCAGACUUCAUGAACAAGCCAUCGACCACACUCUCCAGCUCCGUUUUUCAUUUCUAUAGCGAUUGGCCCGAUCAUCUCCUGCCAUCCCUAGGAUUUUCUGAUGUUAAGCUUUCACAAAUUGGUGAUCCCGAUGCUCAUUUUGGUCUGCUGCAUGAUCCACUAAACCUGUUCAACAAGCUUCGAAGCUUACCCAGAUCACUCCAAACUCACCCUGAUGAUGGAACACCGUGUUGUCGCUUAUAUUUGGUGCAGGCUUCUGGUUCACCCAAUCAAACCAUUCCAUAAAAGCCAAUUCUCUGUAAGUCUAGAUAUUAUACAUUUCUAACUUCAAAUUAUAGUUUAGGUGUAA